UCGACACCCGAGGGCUUUUAGGUAAUUUUAAAUCAGUAUAAAUAUAGCUUGAUAUUACAGUAGCAAGAGUCCCACUUCUCCCAUGUAAAAUACCUUCCAAAAAUAGAUACAGAGCUCCAAUAUAUAUAUCCAUGGCGCAAGUCCUGACAGAAGAACGCACCAACACCUUCCACAGCUUCUUCGAAUCCUGGCUCGUCGAGCAGGACCACUACCUGGAGGAGCUCGUCUCCGCCUCCAAGCGCCGCCGCGUCCACCACCCCUCCGCCGCCGACGACGACGACACCGUCCUCCGGCAGAAGAUCGCCAGAGUCAUCGACCACUACGAGCAGUACUACCGGGCCAAGUCCACCUGCGCGAAGACCGACGCGCUUCCCAUGUUCAACCCGCCGUGGCGGAGCAGCCUCGAGGACGCCUUCCUCUGGAUCGGCGGCUGGCGCCCCACCAUGGCCUUCCACCUCCUCUACUCCAAGUCCGGCCUACAGCUCCAGGACAAGCUCGCCGACCUCCUCCAGGGCCUCGCCGCCGGCGACUUAGCCGAUCUCUCGCCGGCCCAGGUGAACCAGAUCAACGACUUGCAGAGGGCCACCGUGAGGGAGGAGAAGGAGAUCUCCGAGAAGCUUGCCAAGCAGCAGGAGAAGGUGGCGGAUACCUCCAUGGUGGAGCUCUCGAACGCGGUCACGGAGGCGAUGAGGAAUCCCGCCGCGGCGGCGGCGGUGGAUGACGGCGGCGACGGACGAGUUGCGGCGGCGCUGGCGCCGAAGGAGGUGGGGCUGGCGGAGGUGCUGCAGAAGGGCCGAUGA